GGCUCUCUCCUGUUCCCCCCUACUCGCAAAUAUACCCGCGCGUUAUUCCACGCUCCAUGUUCCACCAUUGAAACUCCUCUCCCAGUCUUUCAUGCCUCCCUUAUUUCUCUCUUCUUACCCCAUCACCUCUCUCUCUCUCUCUAAGAAAACAGACCCUUUAAAGAAAGACCAAACUAAGCCACACCCCAUACUGAAAACAACAAGAAAAAAGACCAAAACUUCUUGACAUGGACACCCGCCGGAAAACGAAAAUCCGGCAGCAACUACCGCCGGCAGCCUUCCCAAGCUGAAUGUCAGUCUUGAAACGCCGCAAAAGUUUCAAACUUUGACCAUUUUUUUGUUCCACUACUAUAAAUAUAAUAUUGCACAUAAAAUGGCAACAACAACUAACACAGCAACUACACCACCACCACCACCACAACAACAAGUAGAUACAGCCAUGGCAGAAGAGCUAACAGCAAAGGCAGCUCACAAGAGAUAUGAAGGUUUGGUGAUGGUAAGGACCAAAGCAAUAAAAGGAAAAGGCGCGUGGUAUUGGGCUCAUUUAGAGCCUAUGCUGGUCCACAACACCGACACUGGCCUUCCUAAAGCUGUGAAGCUACGGUGUUCAUUUUGCGACGCCGUUUUCUCCGCUUCCAAUCCCUCCAGAACUGCCUCUGAGCAUCUGAAACGUGGUACUUGUCCUAAUUUUAACUCUCUACCGAAACCCAUUUCUUCAAUCUCACCCAACACUGCCUUAUUGCCUUCUCCUUCUUGCGGUGGCGGUGGCGCUACAGUAGUGCAUACUAGUAGUAAUAGGAAGCGACCUGUCGUUUCUAGUUCAGGAAUUUCUGGUUCUGGUGGCGUUGCAUCAUCAACGUAUCCAGUGACAGCUGUGGGUAGUACGUACCAAGUGAGUCCUCUUGCUAUCGUCGAUCCAUCACGAUUCUCAGAUGAGAUAGCUAUGUUGCCACAACAACCACAUUUGAUGUUGUCUGGUGGCAAAGAUGAUUUAGGUGCUUUAGCUAUGUUGGAAGAUAGUGUAAAAAAGUUAAAGAGUCCUAAAACUUUGCCAGGACAAGCUCUGAGUAAGACCCAGAUUGACUGCGCGUUUGAUUAUUUAGCUGAUUGGGUUUACGAGUCUUGUGGGUCUGUGUCGUUUACUAGUUUAGAGCAUCCAAAGUUCAGGGCUUUUCUGAAUCAAGUUGGGUUGCCUGUGGUUUCAAGAAGGGAUUUUGUUGGUGGGAGAUUGAAUGUUAAGUACGAGGAAGCUAGGGCUGAGUCUGAAGCGAGGAUUAGAGAUGCUAUGUUUUUUCAGAUUGCGUCAGACGGGUGGAAGGUGAAGAGUAAUGGGGGUUUUGGUGAUGUAAAUUUGGUUAAUUUGACAGUGAAUUUGCCUAAUGGAACUGGUUUGUAUAGGAGAGCUGUGUUUGUUAGUGGUUCAGUGCCUUCCAAAUAUGCAGAGGAGGUUUUUUGGGAGACUAUAACAGGCAUCUGCGGGAGUCUUGUGCAACAGUGUGUAGGGAUAGUUGCAGACAGGUUUAAGGCUAAGGCAUUGAGGAAUUUAGAGAACCAGAACCAUUGGAUGGUCAAUCUUUCUUGUCAGUUACAAGGGUUCACUAGUUUGAUUAAGGAUUUUAGUAAGGAGCUUCCACUGUUCAGGACUGUUAGUGAGAAUUGCUUCAAGCUUGCAAGUUUUAUCAAUAAUAAGACACCAAUUCGAAAUAGUUUCCACAAAUAUCAAUUGCAAGAGUACGGGAAUGCAGGAUUGUUGAGAGUGCCCUUGCGGGGGUAUGAGAAGAUGGAUUUUGGACCUGUGUAUACAAUGCUAGAGGAUAUAAUGAGCUCAGCUCAAGCAUUGCAGUUGGUCUUGCAAGAUGAAUCGUAUAAGAUAGUAUCCAUGGAGGAUCCUACUUCAAGAGAAGUUGCUGAGAUGAUUAGAGAUGUGGGGUUUUGGAAUGAUUUGGAUGCGGUGCAUUCGCUAGUUAAGUUGAUCAAGGAAAUGGCUCAAGAGAUUGAGAUAGAGAGGCCAUUAGUAGGGCAAUGUCUGCCGCUAUGGGAUGAACUUAGAGCAAAAGUGAAGGAUUGGUGUUCAAAGUUCCACAUUGCUGAAGGAGCAGUGGAGAAAGUGAUCGAAAGACGAUUCAAGAAGAAUUAUCAUCCUGCUUGGGCUGCGGCUUACAUACUAGAUCCACUUUAUUUGCUGAGGGACAACAGUGGCAAAUACCUUCCUCCUUUCAAGUGCUUGACCCCGGAGCAGGAAAAGGAUGUAGACAAGCUUAUAACCAGGCUUGUUUCAAGGGAGGAGGCUCAUAUUGCACUGAUGGAACUCAUGAAAUGGAGAACAGAAGGGCUUGAUCCUGUGUAUGCAAGGGCUGUCCAGAUGAAGGAGAGGGAUCCCAUUACAGGAAAGAUGAGGAUAGUAAAUCCCCAGAGUAGUAGGCUUGUCUGGGAGACUUAUCUUACUGAGUUCAAGUCACUAGGGAAAGUUGCAGUUAGGCUUAUUUUUCUUCAUGCCACUUCAUGCGGGUUCAAAUGCAAUUGGUCUUUGCUGAGAUGGGUGUGUGCCCAUGGGCACUCAAGGGAAGGCAUGGACAAGGUGCAAAAGUUGAUAUUUAUUGCAGCUCACUCAAAGCUUGAUAGGCGGGAGGUUUUGAGCGAUGAAGAUAAGGAUGCAGAUCUCUUUGCAUUGGCAAAUGGUGAGGAUGAUGUGCUAAACGAGGUUCUUGUUGAUACAUCCUCAGUAAGCGUUCGACAAAGAUAUUGUUGGACUGGAGAAACCACCGUAAGAUUGUUGGAUGUUAGUACAAUGCCAUGGACAAUGAUUAAAGGUGGAAUUCUGCCAGAAGGAUCCAAGGACUUGACUUGAAAUUUUUGGAAGUGAAAUGUCAAUUUGUAACCAGAGGUUGCUUAAACAAGCUGGUUCGGUGAAUGGCAAGCCAAGUACCUCUACGUGGGUCAACAACCUCGGAAGGACCUGAAAGAACACCUUUCUAGCUGGAGAAGCACUUGCAACUGUUUUCUUUUUUUUAUCUCAAUCUAUAUCUCCUGGUUUUUGUGUCUUUGGGAAGGUGGAGCCCCACCAUGAAAGAAGUGGAAGUCUUUUUCCAAACUUUGGUUGUCAUGGAGGGAGAAAGAGAGACAUCAGGGUUUUUCCCAUCAAAUCAUCUUUCGGGUAACUUCUCUUUUAAACAUUCCAAAGCUUGUGACGUUCAUGCAGGGUAAUUGGGCAAUGUUCCCCAUAAUUGCGUGAAAGGUGUUUAUAGGACCCAAAACGAAGACUGUCGGCAUGAAGCACUGCAAAAGAUGCUGGAGAGUGGUUCUGCAACAAAUUCAAACCAAUUUUAUUGGUUCCUUAUCUAUAGCUGAUCAAGUUGGAAAAAUAUAGUUUAACGGGACGCAGUGGAUUCAAUCAUCCUUAGUUUCAUUAUGCAGUUCACCAAUGAUGUGCUAAGGAAUUACAUGCUGAUUGGUUUUGAAUUGUUGUUUCUUCUUCUUCUUCUUUCCCUCCGUGUGUAUGUUCCUGAAUAUAAACACUAUGUACAUGUGAUGCUUUUAUGGCUGCUAAUAGAAAAGGGUUAACCUGUUUUGUUUGUUC